AUGGCACACCACAAGGCCGUCACGGAAAGCCCAACGGCACACUCAGACUCCCACCACAGGCUAAGCAAGCACCUGAAAAGGGCCACCCUGGCAACAGAUGCCCAGAGCCAUGCUGGCAGCAGAUGCAACCAGAAAAGGGUGAGGAAAAACAAUGAGAUUCCCACAAUGCAGCGCCAAAAACCGCCUUGCUUACCAGCAGCGUCCCAGCACAAGAGGGGCAAAGGCCAACACAACCGAACAAGAAUGAGGCGGUCGACGAGGCCCAAAAUGGCGACAGCGGCAGACCGACUACACCGUUACAGCUGCAGCCGAUGA